AUCGACAAGUUGGAGGCCCUGAACUCAACUCACUGCAACCAAACGCCACUUUUGAUGUCAAGUGCGCGUCAAUAUCAUGAUAGGGGUAGGGGGGAUGGUCGAUGCAAGACAAUGGAAACGCAGACAGCGGAACUAUCUAGAAAAAGGGAAGAUUGUCACGGAGACGCACGUGACAAGGAGAGGCGGAAAGGGCACUUGGGAUCCCCGGCACUCUCACGACCACACUCUUUUCAUUCCUUUCCAUGUUGCCGUUGGUUAGGCGACAUCAUGAUCGGCGUAGAAGCGUAGCAUGUGUCCACCCUCGUCCACCCUUUUCCCUCCGUCAUGAGCGGCAUCAAAGCGAAGUCAAGCCACGGAAUCCGGGGAUCUUAAGGGACAUUUCCACGGGAUAGGAGGGAACAAGCAGGAUAAUUAGCGUGUGUGGAUGUUCUGGAGAGGCUUCUCAAGUCGAUGCCCACGGUUCAAUGAUUUGUUUUUUCUUAAGAACUGUGAUAAUUGAUCAAUGGAUCAUCGAUCGUCAUGACUAGCAC